AUGCAGGAAAACCAACUCGACUUACACUCCUUCUGGGACGUGUCGGCGCCAAGGAGAUUCAAAGAUGCUACUGUAUCCCCACUACAUAUGGAAUCCCCUCGACACCGAGAACCCCGGACCUAUCGAUACCAAGAAAGAUCUCCGAGCCGAGGGAGAGAUCGGGAUUUAUGCGCCCAUCGGGGCGUGCCUAUAGAAGACAUCUGUGCUGCUGCAGUCUGGUCUUCUACAUCGACGUUCGUCACGCACUACGCAUUAGAUGUUCGUGCACGGCAAGAUUCGUCCUUUGGACAGGCUGUAGCCGUGUUUUGCCCUUGUGAGGAUUCUGGUCUGCUUGAUCGGAGUGGCUCAGGGGACAGCUGUCCGGUCCAGCCCCGAAGGCACUGCUUAGUUCUGCUGCUGAGGAAGGAGAAUGCUAGCCAUCAUAUCGCUGUGCUGCUGAAAGGGUUGAUGAACGGACUGGCCAAGAAAGGCUUCUUGGCGGAGAUACAAAGGACUUUGCCACCCAGCGUUCAACUGGAACCAGGCUGGAGUUUUCAUGCAGCCCCUUACACCGACAGCUUGCUGCAGGCUCUGGGUGGUAGUUUUUGCGCCAUGCCUGAUCCUUCCCACAUCCCCUUGGAAGUUUUACACCCUAAGAGGUAUGCCUCCGAUCCUGAUAUGGAACAAAUCGUCCUGUUGACCUUGUCUGGGAAAAAAGCCAUGAAGACUGCAGGUGAAUUCCUUCACCCAAUCCUUUCGCUUGGAUACAUGAAGGAAGCGCAAGCCCCAGUCUCCAACGGCCACGACCAGCGAUUCGAGCUUCUCGCACUGAAGUGGCUGCCCUGCCUCACUCGGACUCAAACCAAGGAAACGACUCCUUUCGAAGUGGGCGAUAAGCACUGGCACACGAGCAUCAACGCGCUCAUGUCGAGCCCCGCGCUCAUCUGCGCGCUCCGGGGGAUUGGUGCCUUUGCGGGCCUGGCUGAGAUCCUGAGAGCUCAAACGCUACCUGGCAGCAAGCCAAAGCCAUACCCCGAUGGUCUCUGGAGAGUGAUGUCGUCAACCCCUGAGACGGCCUAUCGGCAGGCAGUCCUCUUCUUCACCAAGGAAGAUUUUGUAGGCGAUCCCAAAUGCCGUUCUGCCCUGAAAUACUUGCCGCCUCCUGCCAGGCACUCCAAGCCCAAAGGUGCUGAGGUCCUCUGCACCGUGCUGUUGAUCAAACCCGGUGUGCGGACCCGUAGUCUACCUCGAAUCCUUCGGAAACUGGAUCUGGAGAGGUUCCGCCUGGUUGGAAUGAAGCAUCUGAACUUGAACGCUGAGGAUGCCAAAGCUCUCCUUUCAUCUGAAGAUGAGGAGAGCCUGCUGGCCCAGUUGGCCUCCCUCACCUCCGGUUCCUCCUUUGUGUUGUGCCUUCAGCGAGAGAAUGCAGUGAAGAAGCUUCUCGACCUACUGGGACCAAAAGACACAAAGCAAGCUCAAGCUGCGAAGCCCAUCUCUUGGAGGGCUCAGUAUGGGCUCAGCUCAGUUCGGAAUGGGCUUUACAGCUCCCUAUCUUAUUGUGUUGCUGUCCGGGACAUACAGCUGUUCUUCCCAGAAGGCCUGUGCGGGGCUGAUUGUUCGGCUUUGGAGGAAAAAGAGAUCGACAUUCUCACAUCUGAUCCCACUCUCAGCCUUGAAACCAGCGCACAACGCAGGCUUGUGAAACAUGAGAAGAGUCUAGAACGCCCUCACCUCGCUGCGCUCUGCCAAAGCAUUUGCCUGAUCCUUCCCACCUCCCUCGGCCAGGGGGCAUCCCUCCAGCUCCUUGAAGAACUGGUCAACAAGAACUUCCUGGUGACGGGGGCACGACUCACCACACUGAAACUAUCACAGGCUCGCUUCAUCACUGCAAUCCUGAGGGUUACGGAGAGCGAGGCCUCCAGCACGUGUUCUGCACUCACAGAGGGCCCCUGCCUGGUCCUGGCGGCACAGCGGGACAACGCCGUUGCUUGCUUUGAUGAGCUGCUGAAUGGGGACUGCUGUCAGAAACGGCCCGCAUUGGACUGCAUGCAACGUCUUCUUUAUCCGAAAACCGAGAAACAGGCUGAGGAGCUUCUCUGUCGCCUUUUCGACUACCUGACCUCAGAGAGCAUCCAUCAGAUUGAAACCUACGAUUCCUCCUAG